AUGCUUCACAAGGAAUUCGGACAAUUCAGAGUCAUUUUUGAAGCAACCGGGGUUACUCACCAAUAUCGCAUUAAGAGCUUUCCAGACGCCGUCACAGAUGCGAUACAAAAUUUACCUAGGAAUCGGCUUGUCACAUUCAGAGUUCACAAAGGAAAUUGGGAACUUCCAGAUCCCGAGCUUCUCAAAAUUCACGCUUGUAUUGGAAACUUUCUGCAUAUGAGUGGCCAGGCGGAGAGUAUCGACAAGGUCCUGGAAGAUUUCGAAGAUUGUGGUGGGCUUGCCCCGGACGGAAGCUCCAACCUUGAAGAUCUUCUUGCAGUGAGCCGCCUCUCACUGCUACCCUCGAAUGUCAACGAAACGCCCGAUUCCAAGAAGUCUACAGAGCAGCAACGGCCUAUCGAGCAGCAAAGACGCCUACAGGAGAAACGUUUUGACAUUGAGAAUCAACCAUGGGGAUGCUAA